AAUGUUUGUCAGCGGGAAAGAGAGAAAAGAGAAAUAGAACAAACAACUCUUGUUCAUAACAUAUCAAUUACAAUGACUGGUCUUUCUGCAGUCCUUUAGUACGCUCAGGUAGUGUCCAACAGUGCCGCCUCUCAGUCUUCACGGAACAGAGUCUCUGGUGAUACGAGGUUCUCUUUGCCUUGCUCUUUGGACACACAGUUCACUUGGAACACACAGUUCACUUUGCUCUCCACCUUGCUCUUUAAACACACAAACUCGAUGAAUGUGAGCAAUAAACUACUUUGUCACGAGUUCUCUCCGGGUCAGCGACCUUCUUGCAGUGGGACGAGUGGACCCAAGACUCUCUUUCGGCGACCUUUAGUGCUGUCAACAAAUCUUGGUAUGGUCCUUCCCAUCUGUCUAUUAGGCAACUUGAGCGUAAGAACAAUCACACAGUCUCUUGGUUCACAAUCAAGACAGUUAGCAUUAGGCAUACCAGCAAUCAACAGUUUCAAAUUCUUUGUCAAGUUCUCAAAUGCUGGCUCAUCUCAACAAGGUACUGUACUGUCACCUCACUGGUGUAUUUCUGAUCAUUGUGCGGAUCAAUCAUGACAUGAGGUUGUCUUCCAAAAACAACCCCAAAAAAACCACAAAUACCAAAACCAAAACAACAAAUUUCGAAGAGGGUGAUUCGUUGAGUGAAGAUCUGGGAGUGGUUCCGAAGCUACAUAAUACUAGUGGCAAUAUCUAUAAUCACAAUAGUACAAUUUCAAGCUUUGCUCCUACUUCUAGGGGUACCAUUAUCUACACACAAAUUUCUGCACAAUUUUUCUUUGCGGUAAACACAGCAGCAUCCGUGGUGGCAGGAAAUGCCUCUACCCAGUUUGAGAAAACAUCAGUGCACACCAAUACAUAAGAAUAAUUCCUAAAGGGUGUUGACUGUACGAAGUCGAUUUGUAUUUCCUGAAAAGAUCCGUCUGCAGGAGGGAUAUGGGAUGGCUCUGUUGGUAUUGCUUUACCAAUAUUCUUCCUCAAGCAAGUAAGACAGGUCAUUGCUCUCUUACCUGCAUGAGAAUAGAAUCCUGGCGCACACCAGUAGGCUCUCAUCAGCCUGCACCUACCCUCUUUGCCUAGAUGAGUCAGACCGUGUGCCACCUCAGCUAGACUUGGAAGGUAUGCUCUGGGGGCUACUGGCUUACCAUGUCCACCUGCCCACAGUCCUGAGGACUCCUGGCCAUACCCCUUUGUCCUCCAGACUGCCUCUUCCUGCAGGGAACACAAAUUUUUUGUAUCUUAAUUUAACUAUCGUGUGUUUGCAAUGUAGAGUACCAUGAAAAAAGAAACAUCUCUAGAGGAGAGAAAGAAGAAGAAAAUGAAAAAGAAAAUGUCAGUGUUAGAAAAAAGCAGUACUACUCGUCGGCCAGUAACUCCUAUAACAUCUGAUGAUGAUGACACUGCGGAAGCAGGUCCAUCAAAAGAAGUAUGGAGCAGCAGAAGUGGCACUUCUGAAAGACAUCACCACAAAAAACCUGUGGCCGAAAAGAAAGCAAGGUCGUAUGUCCCGGCCCAAACACAGCAGGCUACCCCGCCACGAAGAUUAUCGUCCGUAUGUUCUGUCCCCCCACUCCAAAUUUUGGACACACCUCCAAGACGUCAUCCACACUCCCCUCAUCUUGAUUCUUCUAGUCCUGGGAACAGCAUCCCUCCGCAACAACAGCAACACAGUGACAUGGAGGAGACAAACAUCUUAGAAAUGCAGCCAUUAAUGCAAGGAAUGAGCCCCCCAGCACCUGUGAGUACACCACCACAGCAAAGCACACCACCACAACACAGCCCAACAACACCAGGAACACAAGGCCCUGAUCAGGUGUUUUGGACCAUUUGGGCUAGACAGCAGGCCACUAAUGAAGAUUGCCUGGGUAAGCAGACACAAAUGUUUGCAAGCCUACCAUCUCACCUCAGAAGAAUAUCAAGAAAUCUGAGUAGACAAAACGAACAAACAACCAGAAUAGGCAAUAUCAUGGAACUCAUGCGUUACACAGGUCAUGGGCAGCUUACAGCGCAUAAUGGAAGAACAGCACAGACAACAGCAAAGUUAUAUGAGCAUUUUUCAAAACAAUCAAAAGAUUAAUGAAAGUUUAUUCCGAAUAGUAGACAAUCAAAAUGCUGCUACACGUGAACUCAAUGCCACCCUCACUAACCUGAAUGAAACACUCAGAUGCAUGCACCAACAGCAAACAAGCAGCAGUUCUGGUACGACUACUCCAAAUAUCAUGCCAGUCUCAUCACCACCAAGACGCUCCACCAGAGCACGACAACAUGACAGUGCUAAAGGCAAAGGGCAGGACAAGCAGCCACCAAAAAAAACGUGAAAAUAAUACAAGUUAGACAUUUGGGAUAAGUAACUCAAAAUAGUUAGUAAGUGUAUUUUUGGCGAAAAAUAUAUAACACUUAGCUCCUUGACACUUUUUUCAACAUCAUUAAUUAUAAGUGCUACAAACAAAAACAAAAAAUUUGUACGCACAUUUAUUCUUUACCAUUUUUUUUUGGUAUUGGAGGAGAGAAAUGUUGAUGGAGUCACACAUACAUGUUAGCAGGAAGUAAACUGACCACUUGAUUUUUUUUCUAAUCAUUACUCUUUCUAGAUUCCAAUCAUUCUCUUUUCCUGCAGACACAAUAAUUGGCAGCCAGGCAGAAUGUCUUUAGCAAGAAGUAAACUGACCACUUGAUUUUUUACUAAUCAUUACUCUUUCUAGAUUCCAAUCAUUCUCUUUUCCUGCAGACAAUCCAAAUUACUAUGUUAUUGAUACAUAUUUUAGCUUUCUUCUCUAUACAACAUUACAAGAAGAACACAAUUGAGUUGCGUAAAAAACUUGUAAUAUGUUGGCUUUGUUGUUUUUUAAAAAAACAUUGUCAAAAUGAAUGUCAGUAUUGUUGGGACAUGUUUGUGUGUGUUAAAAAUUAGUACGAAUGUUUUUACACAUGAUGCUGAAACAAACAAAUAUGUACUUUUACAUCAAAAAUCAAAGAAUGUGUAUAAUAAUGUAUAUGUGUGGCAAACUGUGUAUUUACUUACA